AUGCGACUGAGCCGACAAUCAAAGCUUUCCCCACAGCAGCUGGACGAGCUGGUCAAGACCACACAUUUCGAUAAGAAGGAACUACAACAAUGGUACAAAGGUUUCCUCAAAGAUUGCCCCUCCGGCCACCUCAAUAAAGAAGAAUUCCAGAAGAUAUACCGCCAAUUCUUCCCCUUUGGCGACCCAUCUCCCUUUGCGAACUAUGUCUUUCGCGUCUUUGAUUCCGAUAACAGCGGCACCAUCGACUUUAAAGAGUUCAUUUGCGCAUUAUCCGUGACGUCCCGCGGCAAGAUGGAGGAUAAACUAGACUGGGCGUUUCAAUUGUACGAUAUUGAUGGCGAUGGGAAGAUAAGUUAUGACGAGAUGCUGGCUAUCGUGGAGGCUAUAUAUAAGAUGGUCGGGUCAAUGGUCAAACUACCCGAAGACGAAGACACGCCCGAAAAACGAGUCAAGAAAAUCUUUGGCAUGAUGGACAAGGACGAGAACGGCAGCUUAGAUAUGGAAGAGUUCAAGGAAGGCAGUAAGCGGGAUGAGACCAUCGUCAGCGCUUUGUCGUUACUAGUCCUCGUAGACGAGUGCCCAGGAGAUUUAUACGAAUUAUUUGACCUGAUGGUGAUGGCGCCACUUGACGAAAUAUUACCACCACCGCAUGCCCUUAGGCCGAGAAUCAUACCGGCGCACGCGACAGCAAACACAGCGGAGCGAGAGGAUGAGCUUGAAAGGGGCAGGAUUGUAGUGAAAAGAAACCGCAAACCACCGCGCCCUAAGAAGCAACAACAACUCCAGAUCUACCGCCAGCAUGGCAAUAAUAAUGCAGAGGAGCGACUAGAGGAGAUAAAGCCAGCCAUGGACGGCAGGUGUGAUCCCUCCCUCGCAGCCCGCAGCGCCUCAACGCAACACAUUCAAAUCUACAUAGACUAUCUUAUGGUUGCCUGGCCAUGCCUAUUUAAAUGCACCGAAAAAUCGACUCAGGUCAGCUGGCUCGCCUACGCCGUUUCACGGGGCGCGGGCGAGGACAACAACCCCUUUGAUCUAGGGUUGAGGUCUUUAACAUGCUCGUUCGCGGGCGCAGCGGGCCAGGACCAGAAACUGAUCAAUGCAGGGAGACAGUUGUAUGGAAAAUCGUUACGGUGUUUGGCAGUCCAUCUUUCGAAACUGCCACAUAAUGGGCCGAAGAAUAGGAAAGAUGGUGGGUAUGUGGAUGAAGCCGUGCUUGGGACCGCGGUGAUAUUGAGUGUGUAUGAAAUGCAUCAUGGCGCUUCGGCGGAGGCAUGGCUGUACCAUCAUGCGGGUAUCAUAGAGAUGAUGCGUCUUCGAGGCGCCGAGUCGCAUUCGAUUGCCGGGUUCGGAGGCGCGAUUUAUAUUGCGUAUCGCGGGUUUUUCAUUACUGCGUCGCUGCUCAAGGGGGAGGCGUGUCUGCUUGAGCAGCGCGAAUGGCAGGCUAUGAGUGAGCAGAUCGAAGCCGAGAAUGCGCGAAGACCGGAUUCGUCGGUCUUUACUGAAAUCGCGGAACGCGCGUUUAGAGAGAUGGUCAAACUACCUGGCAUGCUCAAGCGGGUUAAAGAAUUGUGGGAGAUGCCGCCUGUAAACCAGUAUCUGGUUCGGCCGCAAUUAAAGCAGGAAUUGGCGACGGUGAGGGCGGCGUUGAGAGGGUUACAUACCGAGUUGAGCAUCACGGUUGCUACGCACGGGGGUCCCGACAAUCCUGCUGCUACUAUAUCUCAUCAUAAAAGGGCAAAGGAGACUUUUGUUGGUCCGGUGUCAUAUAAAUUCUUCGACGGAUUUUCGGCAUUAGCGAUACGAGGGAUUAGGUCUGGUAUUGUCCUUGUGGAUCAGCUUCUGUUGCUACUUACGCCUGAGAUGAAUGUGCGGCAGAUGCUACAUGAAGAGAUUCAGACGCUGUCGCGGGAUGAUGGGUUGACAGCACACAGCCUAGCGGAUAGCGAAACCAAGCCGUCACCUUUUUUCAUGAUGGAUACAACACAAAGACCGUUUCCCAUCAGGAUAGACAGUCUGAUGGGUCCGCUUUUUCGUCAGGGACCAAACACGGCCUGGAUAGAUGGGAUUGCGACUAGUUAUGGCAUGUUGGGCGUGAGCAUACACGUUGACCAAUACCCUUAA